AUGCAAUGGGCUGACCUCCGAGGGCUGAGCAGCUCGAUCGGAAGAGGAGCUGCCCGAAUGACCACGACCGCCGCCCGACAACGGCUCCCGUUGUUGCCCUUGCCACGCGCCUCCGCCUCCGUCUUGACGCCGCGAUGGCGCCCUAGACCCUACGCCGGCUGGGUACGGCACUUCUCCGUCGGAGCCCAGCGCAAUGCAGACGACAAUCCCUCGUGGAAACAGUCCAAGCCAAGACCCCCUACCCUAUUUGAGGAGCUCUUCCCCGAUGGGGAUAUCACGACACCGCGUCGGGGGGGCGGCCGGCACCACGGGGGUGCCUCGACCGCAACGCAAAAGGGCGAUGGGGACGGGAAAGUCAAGGUCCGCUUCCUGACGUCCACGGCCGACGGGAAAUCCGAUUCGGCAGAAUACAAGCAAAGCGUGUUUGAGCACAAGCAGAAGUCCAGACUUGCCGAACGUGAGGCGCCAGCCAAGAUCGCUAGCAUCCUGGAAUCACGAUCGCCGGCGACAAAGGCCCAGGCUGGGACAGCUGGAGAUGAACGCCCUUCUAUCUUUACCGAGCUCUUCUCGGCCCCAGAGCCAACACCGGGAGCAGCGGCAGGAGGGCGUUCACAGGCCGAGCAACAACUACACGAAGACAGACACAUCAACCACGACGACCUCCAAUCCUGGCUUGACUCUCUCCCGAAGAGCGACCCCGCCGCCGCCGACAACGGCAACGCAACCACCGCCACAUCAUCCUCCGCGGCAAUGGUCGACCGCUCUGCCAUGCUCAUCCUCUCCAAUGCCAGCCCGAACCUCCAGGAGAGUGACUUCUACCGCAUCGGCCCCCAGGGCCACCACCUUGACGGCUGGUCCACUUCCAUCCGCAAAGUGAUGCAGGCCUACGACUACAGUACCCUCGAGCCCAUGGGCCGUUACUUCAUCCUAUUCGACUCGUACGCCGCCGCCGCGUCCUAUCAACAGGAGGCCCAGCGCCGCCAUGCCGCUGUGCGCCGCUCCCUUCUGUCCCCCGCAGCCCCCCUGACCUCCAUCUCGGCCUCUCACGCCGAAGCGGGCGGCUCGGCCUCCUCCAUCUUCACCCUUGCGCCCCCGUCCAGGGCCCCAUUGAGUCUGCACAUCUACAAGCUAGACCGCGCCACUGAAGCCCGCCUCGGCACUUUCAGCAUCCAAGGCCUGCUGAGCAUGACGCCCGAGCCUCCUCCGCGCGCAAAUUCCCACGUCAUCCUCUCGGUCGACGGCGGCACUAUCGACCAGCGCAUGCUGACCUACUGGCUCCGCCGCGACGCGCGCGAGCGGAACCUGGGCUGGCCGGUGCAACACAUGCGUCCUUACUUCGCGCUCAAGGUAGACAGCCGGGCCAUCGUGCCGGGCGAUAACCCCGAUGCCGACGAAUCCGAGUGGAGGUAUGGCGACAAUGACGACGCACCGCCGCCGUUAGUGGAUUCUGAGGGACAGCAGAGGGGCGGCGGCGUGCCCGACGAGAAUGCUUCGUCGGCUCGCUUCGUGCUGUCGUUCCCCGAUGUGCACGAGGCCAGACGUUUCGUCCGCGCGUGGCACAGAAAGGAGUUUGUAUUAUCAAACGGCUCGACCGUUACCUUGAACACCCACGUUGUAUGGUGA